UAAAUUUAUGAAAAAUAUAUCUACACAAAUAUAAACAUAAAACGCAAAUAGUCAAGUAAACUUCCCAAAUAGUCAAACUUAAGGGAAAGUACAAGCAAAAGCAAAACUUAGAGAAGACGGUUCUUAACAACCAUAAAAACUACAACAACAACAUAACAUUACAAUUAUAUCUACUACAACUAAGAGAAAACAAUUGCAAUCAGUUGGAGAAAAAUAAUUAAUUUCAAAAUAAUAGCAGUCACAGCAACAAGAAUAACAACAACAGCAUAUCCAUAAGAGUGAAAGCAAGUCUUUGGGGACGCUUUCAACAGCGCCAACGCAACACCCACACAUACACGGACACGGAAACGGAAACGGACACAGUCAAGCCAGUCGCGAAGAUGGACGAAACACAGCAUUUUUGUUUGCGCUGGAACAACUACCAAAGCAGCAUAACGUCGGCGUUUGAGAACCUGCGCGAUGACGAAGACUUCGUCGAUGUGACACUGGCGUGCGAGGGGCGCAGCAUCAAAGCGCAUCGCGUCGUCCUGUCGGCGUGCAGCCCAUAUUUUCGCGAUUUACUCAAGAGUACACCUUGUAAGCAUCCGGUGAUCCUGCUCCAGGAUGUCAACUUUCUCGAUCUACACUCGUUGGUGGAAUUCAUAUAUCACGGUGAGGUGAACGUGCAUCAAAAGUCUUUGCAGUCCUUUCUUAAGACGGCAGAGGUACUUCGAGUCUCGGGUCUCACUCAACAGCAGGCCGAGGAAACCCAUAGUCAAUUAGCUCAAAUACAAAAUCUGGCGAAUGCCGCUAAUGCCACACGCACUCCACUUAACUCACACCACACAUUGCUCGAUGAGCCGCCGCUAUAUCCACGCAACAGCGGCUCACCACCGCCACCCCCACCAUCCCAACAGCUGCCAUUGGCAUCCACACACAUCAACAGCCAGUUGUUUAAGCGCAGCAUGGCCAUGCUACGUCGCGAGAGGAACAACUCAACACCAUCGGCCGAGGACUCGAAUAAUGCCAUGAAACGCCUGCGAGGACCCGACAACGGUUUGCCGUCUAGCAACAACAAUAGUCCCGAAAUAGUACAUCAACGCAGCGCAUCACCCCAAUUGACACCGGCCGAUUUCUCAACCAUCAAGCACAACAAUAACAACACACCGCCGCUGAAGGAAGACAAACGUAAUGGACCAUCUGGUAAUAACGGUAAUAGUGGCAAUGGCAACUCGGACACUGGCAACGGAAACGGUAUCGCAAAUAAUGACAAAGUAGGUAGUAGCUUAACUUCCUCACCGCUUACACGCACCGUCGACGAUGUCAAAUCGGAACCCAUGGAACUAGUAUGCUCGAAUAACAAUCCGACAGUAGUCGAUGAGCACAGUAACGACUCCACCGGUGAGCAUGAAGCGAACCGAUCAAGCAGCGGCGAUGGCGGCAAAGGUUCUUUGAGUUCGGGAAACGAUGAGGAGAUUGAUAACAACAUGCCAACACAUCCUCCACCCCCAUAUCUGAUGUCACCGGCAGAGAGCAAAUUAUUCUCACCGGCCGCCUUCAAUUUUCCCAUGAGCGGUCUAGAUCCUGCCACGUUAGCUGGUUUUAACUCGCAACUACAGUCAGCCGCCGAAAUAUCAGUUUCUCCGCAAGGUCAACUGACGGCAAAUUCCACUUCUACAACAAACCUAUGCCACAAAUCCAUUCACUACAACAACAUGCUCAACUGUAAAAUCACCAACAACUAUGCCGACCAUCGCUACACCGAACCAAAUGCAAAUGCUCGCCCACUUAAUUGCGAUAAUCCCCCCUUCGAACGGCCAGCAGCCUCAAGUAUCUGUGGCCUUAACCUCACUACUUUCACCGCCAACUGCAGUGUCUCGAACAAUGGCAAUGGCAGCGGUGGCGCCAAUUGCAGCAGCAACAGUGCCAGCGGCAGCACCUCGAGCAACAAUACAUCCAACAUCUUGCCCGCCGCACUCAUGCAGGCCAAUUCCCAGCACCAGCACCAGCACCAUCAUCACCACCACCACCAUCAGCAGCAGCAGCAUCAACACGGCCAGAACUCUGGGAGCAAUACCGGCAAUGGCUGCAACAAUGGCAACGGCGGCCUUAGCAACGCCACCAGCGCCGUCCAGCAGUCGCAAAUGUUUGUCGCCGCCGCUGCAGCUGCCGCUAUGGCCAACAUGGCGGCAGCGUCCAGCAGCGCGGCUGCCAACACCUCCGCCGGUAGUCUGAACACUUCGGGCGUCGGAGGCGGCGGCGGUGGCGGCGCUGACGAAUUUCGCUGCGAUCCGUGCAACAAGAAUCUGUCAUCUCUAACCCGCCUCAAGCGCCACAUACAGAACGUGCACAUGCGUCCGACCAAAGAACCCGUCUGCAACAUAUGCAAGCGUGUCUACAGCUCGUUGAACAGUCUACGCAAUCACAAGAGCAUCUACCAUCGCAACCUGAAACAGCCGAAGCAGGAGACCAUCGGCGGCGCUGAUAUGGCCCAGUCACCGGGCUUAGCCAGCGUGGCCGUGAUGCAUAACUCCUACUAUGCGCCGGUCAACCAUCGCUCAUCCUCAUGUGGAAGCACCAACCUGCUUGGCGGCGUUAUAAUACCCGGUGGCAGUCCCAAUACAAGUAGUAGUAGCAACCAAAAACUGCAACAUGAACAUCUCCACCAUUCCACCACUACCACCACUACCACAACCACAGCCACCACAAGCUCCGCUCAUCAGUUCCACCACCACCAUCAUCAGCAGCAACAACAUCACCAACACCUUCAUCAUCACCACCAACAACCGGAAGCAUCAUCUCCGCACCACCAACAGCAAUUGCUUCCCCAGCAUUUGCGCGGUGACCGAGACUCAGACCGUUCGAACACCGACUGCAGCCCGCACUCGCCAAUCCACCGAAUGCCGAAGCGACCAGCCAGUGAGCAGCCACAUCACACACAAUCCCACCUCUCGACGGCAUCCUCCCCGUCAGAUGUGAUUGCGUCCACACCACCGCCAUUGCCAGCACCGCAGCACAUGAAACCACCUUCACCGCAUCACUCCCACCAGCAUCCGCAUUUUGGCCAUCAACAGCUGCCACUAGGCAUGUUGCCAUCGCACCAUCUACACGCACAUCACGAACUAAGCGCAUCCUCGCACCACCACCAUCACUUGUCGCGCACCGGUUCACCUCUGGACCAUCACCAUCUACUACACCACCGCCGCUCCUCGCUCUCACCCUCGCCCACCGGUCGCGGUUCUGGCGGAUCCGCAGCAGGCAUACUCUCGUCGACGCGUGGAGGUGAUAUGGUGGGCGGAAGCAGUCGGCUGCUACUACCGCUGCCACUAAACGCUUGCCACCGCUGCGACGUAUGCGGCAAAUUGCUCAGCACAAAGUUGACGCUGAAGCGGCACAAGGAACAACAACAUUUGCAGCCGCUCAACAAUGCCGUUUGCAAUUUAUGCCACAAAGUCUUUCGCACGUUGAAUAGCCUCAACAACCACAAGAGCAUCUAUCAUCGCCGUCAGAAGAACCACCACUCCUACUUUCAUCACAGCGCGGUGGGCGGCGGUGUGAGCGGCAGUCCUAGUAGCCGACUGCAUCAGUCGCUCAGCUCGCUGAGUGCCGCAGCAGUUGCCAAUAAUAGCGUCGGAGCGGGUGGCAACGGCAACGCAGUGGCAGCAGCAGCAGCGGCCGCUGCCGCAGCAGCCGAGUUAUUACUCUCGCCAAUAGUAGGCGCAGCAGCGGUGGCAGGUGGGGGCAGCGCCGGACCCGGAGUGCAGAUCUCACAUGGUGGCCAGCAACAGUCCUCACCCAAUAUGGUGAAGCCCUGCAUGGACUUCUUAUAAGAUCAACAUCAUCUGCUGCAGCAGCUCUUCCAUGUUGCUCUGAACGCUCCACAGCCGCCACCACCACCUUCGCUGUCUGCAAGCAUGAGUCCCUUGUCCGCCAUGGGGCAAGGUCCAAUGCCAGUUACAUCAAUGGUUGAUUUACAGUAUGGCCAUCAACUGCCGCCAACCGUAGACCUAACACAGAUGGAUCAUUACGGCGGAGCUGGCAGGAACAGCGACGGCAGUGGUGGUGUAGACCGAGGAGGGGACCAUUAUGAGCGCAUUAAUCUAUUAGAGCACUAAGUAGCGCCCCAAAGCGGUAGAUCAAAUUGUUCUACGGAAACUAAACCUAUUACCGACCACCAACUAAACCGACCGUACCGAUCACGUGAUCGGAAAAAAUGAGCAAUAAAAACAAAACUCGAAACAAAAUGUUACCAAAAAAGUGAAAAUAGAGCUGAGGCUCCCACUAAAAAGUUCUAAGCGCAGUGAGAGACCGACCGACCCUCCCACAGUGAAACGAGCUAAAGAUUUUAGUAUGCAAAAAAUAACGGAACACAAAAAAAACUCAGAAAUAUGCAAAAAAAAAAAACAUUGAUAAAGGAAUUAACUAAAACAACUGAAUUGAAAAAAGCAAGAAUGCAAAACUGUGAUUUUUUACAUCUCUUUUUUGAGUUUAUGAACAAAAUAUUAAGAUAUAAUUUUCGAUGUACAACAUCAAGGACUCUUAUAUGUAAGCGAAUGCACUGUGGACAUAUACAUAUUAAUUUAAUUUAAGCUAGAGAUAACGGUUUGGUCCAGAUCCCAAAGGCACGGAGUACUGCACACACGCACUCUGAUAAGGACUAAGCGGACAUUAGAUAUUGAUAAUGGUGGGACGUGACUUUUAGAAGUCCCUCUCUGCUCUUUCAUACCGAAACUUCAUAAAACAAACAAAUACAAAACUGUGUGAAUAUCAGGGGUUGGGCGAAGAUUGAAGCCUGUUAGAGCAAUUUUAUUUUGUUUUCGAAUUCUGAUUUUGAUUAUUGAACAUAUUGUUGGCGCACAGUUUUUGGGAUUUCAACUUGGCGCGCUCAGAGCAGUUGGACACACACACACAAAGGCAUGUGUUUCGAAUUCGAACCCAAAGCAAACUACUUUAAUACAAUGACAUAAACAGCAACAACUAGCAACAUACACACACACACAGAAACACUAAAACAUACACACAUACAUACAUAUGUAGGUAGAAUGAUAAUAUUGAGAUGUGCAAUUUUUAUUUGUUGACAAUACAAAUUUAUUUAGUGUUAGUACUAUGUUUUCUCGUUAUAUAUACAUAUACAUACAUACAUAUAUAACUUUAUGUGUAUAUAUAUUGAUGUACUAAUUAAUGUGUGUGAAGGGGGAAAAAGGAAUUAAUGCAAGCAAAUAGUGAUUAAGUACGGCCGUUACCAGUUAACCAACAUGACCCACGAGCUGCACAAAGCACCACCCACACACAUAAGUAUAUACAAACAUACAUACAUACGCAUUUCGAAUGCGAACUUUUCAAUGGACUCAUUUCGGUAUAGAUAAAUGUACAUAUGUAAAGCUCUUGCAACAACAACAAUUGUUACUGCAAAUGUAUAGGAAUAUGACUUGUAAUAGUUUCGCAUCUUCUUAAUGUUACAAAUACAUACGUACAUGCCUGCGCAUAUAUGUGACGGCCACUGUAAAAACUAUAUGUAUACAAACAUACAUUUAUAAAAUUCUUCAUAUAGCCAAUAACAUUUAAGCGUUUACCUACACACACAUACAACUGUAUAUAUACACAUGCAACGACGCAUAUGUGUGUGGCUAUGCGGAAUAUUCAAGAUUCGCAUGCAGAGCAUAGGAUUUUCGAAGUUUUAAACUAAUUAGGCUAAGGAUAGGUAGGGAGGACAUCUGCUGUUCGGUAAGCACUCAUACAUAUUUACACACACACACACACCUAGUUAUAUAAAGAACUAAAGGAGUAGAACUACUCCUUUGUACAUAGGCGAUAAUUAGAUGGUAUGUACACGCAUACAUAUGUACAUAACUGUGUAUAAAUAUUAGCAACUUUAUUUGUUUUAUGUUCUUGAAGACGUUUUCGAAAAUUGGAGUAUUAAAACAGAUAUUUUUUUAACAAUUUUACAAUUCAUGGAGAAAUCAUUAUAUCACAAGGGCCUUUUUCGUCACUUUUUUCGUGCUUUUUUGACGGAACUCAAAAGUUUUGAUUUGACUCAGAAAUUUUAAUUUUAUAAGAUCCGAUGGCAGAGUAGUUAUUGUCGAUAAAAAAUUUUUACUAUUUGGGAUAAGGCAGUUUCAUGUCAGCGGAAGCAAGAACUGAUAGAUUUAGGCAAAUUAUAAAAACAGAUUUAAAUCUCGAGCAAAAGUUAUUAUUUUUUUGUUCUGCUCUUGGGCAAAUUGGUAUACUUGUACAUACACUUUUUUGGUAUAUGUAUGUAUAGAACUCUAUCGGUAUUGUGAAAUUUAUGACUAAAAAUUGUGAUUCGUGAUUGAUUGGCAUGAAGGGCAUGUGGAGUGUGUUUGACACACAAACACAUGCUUAUAUUGAAUCAAAAUUUUUGCGCUUAGCUAUAGAAAUUCGAGAAAAUGAAGAAAGUAAUCUAACAAUUUUCAUUUCAUUUAAAGAAGACUGAGAAUUGGCAUUUCGAAAGAAGUAAA